GUUGUUGUUGUCAUUAUUAUUAUUAUUUUAGUAGUAGUAGUAGUAGUAGUAGUAGUAGUAGUAGUAGUAGUAGUAGUAGUAGUAGUAGUAGUAGUAGUAGUAGUGGUGGUAACAAGGAAACACACACACACACACACACACACACACACACACACACACACACACACACACACACACACACACACACACACACACUCCCGGCCAGUCAGUCUCGCGUUAGCCUCGCCCGUGCACACACAAACGCACAUGCCCUCUCCUAUGUGCGUGUGUGUGUGUGUGUGUGUAUGUGUGUGUGUACCCCUUAGACGCACAUAUGUUGACCUUUCAUGUGCACCAGUAAUACGCACACGUGUACACCAAACAUAUGAAGUGUAAACCUAUGUAGACUGUUGGGAACUGUGUGUACUUCGUGUUCAUGUACGUUUUUUCUGCGUGUGUACGUGUGUGAACCAGUCUUGUGUGCACCAGUUAUCCCCGUGUACGUUUUCUGCUCCAUACCACCACCACCACCACCACCACCACCACCACAGCUAGAAUGAAGCGGAGGUGGUGACGAGAAAGACGAAGAAAAGAAAAACAACGAAAAUAAUGAACAAGGAGGAAACUAGAACACGGCGGGAGGCAACAGGAGGAGGAGGAGGAGGAGGAGGAGGAGGAGGAGGAGGAGGAGGAGGAGGAGGAGGAGGAGGAGGAGGAGGAGCAGAAGGAGGAAGAGGAGGUUGGCUAGAAAGUCCUCCUUUAAACAUAACGGACUGUAUUUUAAACGCAAAACUCCCAGAGUGCGAGACCGAUGGCUUGGUGGCAAAUUACACUACGUCUGGCAACGCAACACUAGCUGGGGACCAAGAGAAGCUGCCGGCAAGUCUAAGCUUCGACGAUAACGCCCGGACAGAUAUAAUUGUUUACUCCAUUCUCUUCGUCAUCGCCGCUGCUGGAAACCUGACAGUCUUCAUUACGUUAUGGCGCAAUAGGCACCGGAAAUCACGUGUUAACCUCAUGAUUAUGCACCUAGCGGCCGCGGAUUUGAUGGUAACUUUCAUAAACUUCCCUCUGGAGAUCAGCUGGCUGGCAACGACGCAAUGGCUAGCGGGAAAUCUGGCGUGCAAGAUAUUUUUGUUUUUCAGAGCGUUUGGACUGUACCUCUCCUCCCUUGUGCUCGUUUGUAUCAGCCUGGACCGCUACUUCGCUAUUGUGCAUCCGUUAAAGGUAAAUGAUGCACAGCGGCGAGGGAAGAUGAUGGUCUGUUUGGCGUGGAGUGUUGCAGCCGUGUGUUCCCUGCCCCAGAGCAUCAUCUUCCACGUGGACAGUCACCCAAAAUUUUCUCAGUUCAAGCAAUGUGUGACGUUUGGUUUCUUCAGUAGUCAAGUUCAGGAGACUAUGUACAACCUCUUCUGUCUCGCUGCGAUGUACUUCCUGCCUCUUCUCAUCAUCAUCAUUGUCUACUUCAGAAUCCUGUGGGAGAUUUAUCAGAACUCAAAGAACUCGGCAGAACCCAAACGAACGGAGAACAGGAGCAGCAUCAUCAAAGCCACCAGGGAGAGGCGCAGGGGAAGUACCACCAGCAGGAGAGAGACAGGGGGCUCAAGAACAGGAGAAAAGAUGAGGCUGCGAAGAAGUGACACCAGCAACAUUGAAAGAGCAAGAUCAAGAACACUAAAAAUGACUGUGAUAAUUGUCCUUGCCUUUGUGUGGUGCUGGACUCCCUACGUGGUGAUAGUCCUGUGGUACAUGUUCGACCGGGCCAGCGCGGAACAAGUGGAAAGUAGGUUGCAAAAUAUCCUCUUCAUUAUGGCAGUUAGUAAUAGCUGUGUUAACCCUAUCGUUUAUGGAACCUACACUAUUAAUCUACGGGCUGAGUUAGAUAGGUGCUUCGGCAGGAGGCGUGGGCGUGGCGGCGGUGGUGCUGGUGGUGGUAUUAGUAGUGUACGGAAUACAACGAGGAGAUCUGCUGGACCGUCCUUUGCACCAAGAUCCACCAUCACCAAGACUUCCUACACGCAGAUAUCGAAUCCAGCCCCGAACAAAAGAGGAUCUGGAUGCGUGUUGCUGGAAAUAGAAGGGGAUCCCAGUCCUACGGUACCUGGAAAUACGUCUGGCAGCGAAACUACAACAAAAGAUCGAUUAUGCUAUGAGGAAAUUCAUGAUUCUGGCCCUGAUGUACAGUUGACCCCACUAGCGCCCCUCAGGUCACAGGUCAACGAAAGGUCACUGGUGCAGAAUGGGUCCUCUAAUGCUGGAUUGAUGUUGACUGCUUGUUAGUUAGAGUAGUUCAUUAAUAUGGUAAUGUUAUGUUCUCUCUCUCUCUCUCUAGUUAUUAAUAUUGUCACUAAAUACUCAAUUAUUAUGUGCUUUUCAUUUUUAAUUUGUAAGGUGUAGGUGUGUGUGUGUGUGUGUGUGUCAGGAUUUAAAUACUAUUAUCGUACUUUUUGUUGUCGUUAUUAGUGUUACUACUAUUACUACUACUACUACUACUACUACUACUUACAAAAAUAACUGUAGAAAUAAACUGCUAUAAAAUGUACUUAUAUAUUUCAGUUGUGCACGUAAGUUUUGUAAAUGGUCCUAUUAUUAUUAUUAUUAUUAUUAUUAUUAUAUGUCAGUAAA